AUGGCUUUUUCAUACUCCCAGAAACCUGCUGGUGACACAAAUAUGAGAUUGAAAAUCGAUAAGAGUUCUAGCAAUAAUACUAAUAUUAUUGGUGGUGUAUUCGAUAAAGUUCAACUCACUAAAUUGCUGAUUCAUUCAUUAAAAGAAUUAGGAUAUUCAAGAUCUGCCAUAUCAUUACAGGAGGAGAGUGGUGGUAUACAGGUCGAAUCCACUAUUGUCCAGAGACUUUUCAAUUUUAUCAACAAUGGUAGAUUCCAACUAAUUGAUUUGAACCUUUUAUUAAGCUUACCUUUGAAAGACAAUCCAUCUGCAAUAUCCUCAUCAGAGGCGGAAAAUAACACCCAUAAUUUAAUGAAAAUUGAUAACAUGUUGAGUGGACCUGUCGACUCCAUUAAAGCAGAAGAGAUCUUAAACGUCUUCACUAUAGAGUAUAACAACUUCGAGGCCUACUAUAAGAACAUCGGUAAUGAUAUGAUUAAAUUAUCAAAUUUUCUGAAGAUUUUAGAAAUUAUAUUGUUAAUUUGCAAAGAAUUAUUCAUUGAACUGAUUUUUACCAAAGCAAUUGACACUUCUACGGCUGUACUAUUUCUUCGAAACACUAUAAGAAAGUUUAUCGCUCUAUGGGAAGAGGUCCUCUUGACAUUAGAUGAAUAUAUCGAUGAUGAAGAUACCAUUUUCACACCAGAAGACUUGUUAAGAGAAUUAUCAAGUCUUUUAACAAAUCCCUCGAUAUUAAAUGACCCAAAUUGUAAUUCAUGGAAAGGUUCCAUUGAGAAAUCAAGAGACUCCCUCAUUGAAAUAAUUUCUACUUAUAUUAAUCCUAAUGACCUGGUCCCGAAAGGGAGAUUGAUUGCUUUGCUCAAACAAUCGAUCAAAUAUCAACGUUCUCACGACAUUUCCGAUGCUAACGCACGUAAUGACUUUGAUUACAUGGAUGUGGAUGAUGAAGAUAAUGAAGAAGAAGUAGAAGAAGGAAAAGAAACAUUUGAGAGGACAGUAAAUUUAUUGCAAGAUAACCCAUCAGAUUUCCAAAGAAUUAGAUUUAAAGAUGAAAAAACUUUGGUACAAAAUGCAGAUGAAAUUUGGUAUCUUCAGUUCUCACCAGACGGGAAAUAUUUGGCAAGUGCUUCUGCUGAUUCAAUGACAGAACGAAAAAUUCUAAUUUAUGAUGUUGAAAAUGAUUUCCAGGUUUAUAAAAUUCUAGAAGAUAACCCUCAAAGCGUGUUAUAUCUUUCGUUUUCCCCAGACAGUAAGUACUUGGUUUCCUGUCCUUUUAAUGAAAUGGCAAACAUUUAUGAUAUACAUUCAAAAGGUGAACCAACUAGCAUUAAUCCAAUCAUUCAUAAUAAUAAAGCCCAAGAAAAUCAAUCUAAUAAAAAUAUAGUGGCAGAAAUUAUUCAUCCUAUAGAUUCAUUCCAGAUUCCCAAUAACGAUUCAGGAAAUGCUUCACCAUCUAGUCCGGGCUCGGUAGAAUCGCCUACUUUAUCCAUUACUAACGGUACCAGCAGUACCGAAACAUCUCCCAGGAUUUGGUGCUGUGAUUGGUUCCGUAGUGAAGAGCAUAAGGGUAAAUUUAUCGUUGGAUCUCCAGAUCGUGAUGUUGUAAUUUAUGAUAUGACGACAAAAUCGAUUAUUUUCAGCUUUGCACAAAAACUUUUUCCUAACAAUAACGCUACCAGUAACAGUAAUGCCGCUAAUGGCACCGACACUACUACUUCAAGUAAUGAAAAUAGAAAUAUGAGCAAUGACGACAGCAACCAUAAAUUUGACGAUUAUCAACAUGAAAAGUUUCCACGUAUCCAUGAUUUAAAGCUAUCAUAUGAUGAUAAAUUUUUGAUCUUGAUGACAUAUAAUGGAACGAUAGACGUUUAUGAUCUUUCGUCAUUCCCUGAUAAUGACACCUUGAUAAAAACAGAUAAUUCUGUUCUCCAGAAUUUUGAGUUAGAAAGAUUUUCUAGACUUGAAAUCGAUAAGAAUAUGACGUGUAUUUCGUUGCCACAACUCACAAACAUUUCACGUGUAUCAAUAGCGGGUUCGAAUUUGCUAGCACCAAGUUUAAAUAUUGAAAAUUUAGUCUUGGUGAGUUUACAAAACAAUGAAAUCCAGCUUUGGGACUUUAAAGAAAACUUGCUGAUUCAAAAAUACUACGGGCAAAGACAAGAGAAAUUCAUAAUUAGAUCUUGUUUUGGUUAUAAUAACAAGCUGGUGGUGAGUGGAUCGGAGGAUGGUAAAGUUUACGUUUGGGAUAGAUUGAGGGGUAACAUAAUUGAUGUUUUAUCUGGACAUGUGGGCGAAAGGGUAACCGCGGCGACAGCUAAUGAAAAGAUAAGUGCCAAUGGCAAAACUUUCGGUAGAAAUUGUAAUGUGGUAGCGUGGAAUCCUGUUGAUAAAAGCUUAUUCGCUUCCGGUGGUGAUGAUGGUUAUAUUAAGAUUUGGAGGGUCAUUAAAGAGUAA